AUGGCCGUUCCUUUGGCACACUUGGGUAGACGACACUUCGUUUCCCAGGCGGCCCUAGAAUCGGUCCUGCAAGACCUUGGCCACGACGAGGGUACCAGCAGGAGAAGCAUCAAGAGAGCCCGAGACGAUGAGAUCGACAUCAACACAGAUUUCGGUCAUUUGUUGGGGCACAUUGAGGUCGAUGUGCAAGACAAGAAGGAAAUCAAGAAGCAGCAACUGCCGAUCCUCAACAUUCGUGCCUUCCUGGCACAUCUUGUCUCAGAACCUGGCAUGGCAGCCUUCUUCACGAGACGACAUGCUGCAAUGCCAAGCUCGGCUGAGAAGCCGUGGCGAAUCUGCCUGUACUGCGAUGAAAUUACACCAGGAAAUCAGCUACGAUCAACAAAUCAAAGGAAAGUCCAUGGUUAUUACAUGAGCUUUAUCGAGUACGGGCCGGCAGCCCGCUGUCAAGAGGAGUCAUGGUACUGCCUUUGCCUUUGUAGAAGCCAGCUGGUGAACAAGAUCCAGGGCGGCCUCUCGGCCUUAACACAUGCCAUCGUGGCCAUGCCUGACUUUUCAGCACUGCAGAAUGGUUGCCUGCUCACCAUGCCCAAUGGCGACAAGCUUAUGUUUUUUGCUCGCAUCGACACCUUCCUUGCAGACGAAAGUGCUAUCAAGUUCGUCUUCGAUCUUAAAGGUGCUUCAGGCAUUUUGCCAUGUGGUCUGUGUGCCAACGUCGUGGGGAAGACUGGGGUGGAGCAACACGACACUUCUGGGUCUCUCUGCACGAUUGCAUGCACCGAUGUUCGUCGCUUCAUUUUGAGGACGGACGAUGACAUAUAUCAGGCACACGAACAGAUGCAAGCGAGGCAUGGGCGAUGCUCGCAGGCCCAAUUCGACCAGAUGCAGAAAGCUUGUGGCAUCAAUUUCAACAUGAACGGUGUGAUCGCAAAGAAAAGCCUUCCCAUGGUGCAAACAUGUAUGUAUGACUUCAUGCACAUCUAUUUGGUGCAUGGCCUCUUUCAUCUAGAGGCUGGCUUGCUGCUGCCACAGUUAUACAGUGCAGGUUGCUCACCAGGGGCCAUCUUGGAUUUCAUGAAGUCCUUCAGCUGGCCUCAGAACCAGCAGGGGGUCAUCAAAGAAACUCUUCAGUGCUUCCAGAAGAAAGUCGACAAGAAUGAGGGCUUCAAAGGCAGUGCUUCCCAAUGCUUGAAUGCCUAUCCCUUACUGAGAGCUUAUGUGCUCAGCUUGGCUCCUGCAGGGUUGGGUGCACAGGUGAAGAAAGCUUGCAAGUCGUUUCUGAACUUGUGUCUCGUGCUUGACAUGCUCAUGGAAGGGAACCGAGGCCUGCCGCUUAUCCCAGCAGAACUCCAGAGGCUCAUUGUUCAGCACUGCCAAGGGUUUAUAGAGGUGUAUGGGCCCGACCAUGCCAUCCCCAAACUCCACUAUUCGAUGCACCUGCCGAUGAUGCUUGAUGCGAAGAAGACACUGAUUUCUUGUUUCACCCAUGAAAGGAAACACCGAAUGAUAAAGCAGUUUGCCAACCACUUGAACAAUCCAGGCUCCUGGUACGAGGGCUCUGUUAUGAAGGAGUGCUUGGGCAAGCUCGUCCUUUCAAUGUCGAGUGGACCAUGCACCAUGGAAGCACACCUCAUCUCGCCAAAACUGGCAAAUGACGAGCUGCUGCAGAUGCUGGUGCAGGUUUUCGGCAUGGCAAGUGCUCAUAAUGCCCAGGCCGCAUCCAAGGCUCAGGUGGCACCCGGCCAGGUUUGUUCAAGAGGCGACUUCGUCCUUUUGAGAGCCGGCGGUGUUGCAGAGGCCUGGUUGUUCUGUCGGUUGGGCACUGGAGAGCUGCUUGUGUUGCUCAGCGAGCUCGAGGCUUGUGGGCGAAACAUGUUUAAAAAGAAAGCAGACAAUGCCCGAUUCCUGGAGGUGGUUGAAAUCAAGAGGGCUUGCCUUGUCAAAGGACUGGCAGCCGACACGGUGCAGGUG